AGCCUCUAUGCCCGGAGCCCGGAGCUCCCGGCGGCUGGCGGUGCAGAUCUGGGGGCGCUGCCGGCUGUCCCCGGAGAGCCCACCCCCGGCUCCCUGGCGGCCCAGGUACCGCCGCGCCCCGCCCCUUGCCCCGCCCCUCCCUGGGGAGCCCCGCUUCCGGGCGGCCCCUGGCGGCGAAGGGGACGCUGCAACGCUGAGCGGGAGCGCGAGGAGGGAAGGGGUUUGGCAAGGGGCCCCAAAGAGGCCGAGACCCCGAGAGUGCCGGCAGCGCUCUUUAUCACGCCUGGAGGCUCCUGCAGAGUCCCGGAACCGCCCGAACCUCCAGAAAUGCAGGCAGGGUGCACUCCCCAGGGGGUACAACUUUGGCAGUGAGGACCACAGAGGUCCAGGGAGAACCGGAGACCCGAGGAGCAUGAAGGCACUCUAUGACACCACUGCCUACAAACGCAGGGGCCGGAAUGCAGUGACAGGACACUGCUGGGAGUAAAGGCUCUCAGCGCCUCCGUGGAGGGCUGCCUCCACUCCCAAUAUCGUGCGGGGGGACUAGGACGAGCCUGGUAAGUCAGUCACAGGAUAUCAGUUCUCAGAAUAGAAGAGAAGCCAGGUCUGGACAGCACCUGAUGAUGGUCAACUCUCAGCAUUUCCAAUUAAUCUUGGAAUGAGAGCCGAGGGCAAGAAGCCAGCAGUGCCUGAGGGAGGCUAAAGAGCCAACCGAUCCAGGGAAACAAAUGCCAGCGAGGGACCCCACAGCAAAGAGACAGACACUGUGAGCAACUCUCCUGUUACCAUGAGGCUUGCGAGGCGUGUGCGCGGGUCUCCGCAUUGGCACCAUCUGCCAAUUCCUCAGGAGGACAGAACAAACCAGUGAGGCAUGAAGAUUAGAUUAUGUAACGCUCGAGGAUUGCUGUUUUCAAAGAGGAAACAAAUGGAACGAAUUGAUUUGCUUGUCAAAGUCAUGUCACUAAAGGAGAUCUAUUCCCUCCUCUUCUAAAAGGACCUCAUUAAUGAGUGGAAUGAUUUCACAGAUUCAGAAAAUGUGAGACCACAAUCCACUCCAUUCAUGAGAGCAAGUCCACUUUCCAGAGUCACCCUCACACAUUCUAUUCUGGUCCCCCAGCCUGAAAAAAUGUCUAUCCAGCGACUACCUAAAGGGUACCGACCUGGUGAGGGACAUAAUUGUCAGUUGCUAGCCAUAAGAUUUAGAGCCGGAGGCCAGGCAUCAUGGCUUACGCCGGUAAUCCUAGCACUUUGGGAGGCCGAGGUGGGUGGAUCAUGUGAGGUCAGAAGUUCAAGAUCAGCCUGGCCAACAUGGUGAAACCCCGUCUCUACUAAAAAUACAAAAAUUACCUGGGCAUGGUGGCACACACCUGUAACCCCAGCUACUCAGGAGGCUGAGGAAUGAGAACCACUUGAGCCCAAGAGGCAGAGGUUGCAGUGAGCCAAGAUCACGCCAUUGCACUCCAGCCUGGGCAACAGAGUGAGACUCCGUCUCAAAAUAAAUAAAAAUAAAAAUCAGAACCUGUG